UGAUGUCACCUCGCUCCUGUGUGGACAUUUAUUCCACAUAGUGUGCAUCUCCCGUUCGUCUCCACAGAGAAGCGGUUCACCCUAACGCAACUAGCAUUACGCAUGACAUGGAUGCCGCAGGAGCGAAUUUAUUCUCGGAGUCUUUGCGGAUUGUGAACUCUGCUCCUCUCGCAGUUUUCUCACACAGUCGACAUCUGAUGUGCGUGUCGGAUCUCCCCAAAGGACGUGUGUUAAACAGUUUGCUGUUUCAGGAGAUCACGUCUGCAGCCCCCGUGUCUUAUGUGGGCUGCACUCGAUAGUGACCCGGAGCUUUACGCGCAGCCGAUCCCCAUGCUUUAGCAACACAGCUCAGCGCACUCAGCCUUAGAUGUUUCGAAAAAGAACAGGGUGAAAUAACAAAGAUGAUACAAACGGACAUUUUGCAGACAGAAUGGAUUUAACCCAGCUAAGCCUCUUGUUGGGAAAUGUUUCCAACGUUGAAAACACCACCGACGCACCGUUCGCUCUGCCACACACAGAGGCAGCCACCGCACUCAUCAUCCUCGUGGUUACAGUGAUCAUUUCGGUCACAAUUGUUGGUAAUGUGUUGGUGAUUGUAGCGGUUCUUACUAGCAGGGCUCUCCGUGCCCCUCAGAACCUUUUCCUGGUCUCUCUUGCAUCGGCGGACAUCCUGGUGGCCACACUAGUGAUCCCCUUCUCCCUCGUCAACGAGGUAAUGGGCUACUGGUACUUUGGAAGUACUUGGUGCGCCUUCUAUCUCGCUCUGGAUGUCUUGUUCUGCACCUCAUCCAUCGUUCACCUGUGCGCCAUCAGCCUGGACCGAUACUGGUCAGUAACAAAGGCGGUUAGCUACAACCUGAAACGGACACCUAAGCGCAUCAAGUCCAUGAUUGCUGUAGUGUGGAUAAUAUCUUCUAUCAUCUCCUUCCCUCCUCUCCUCAUGACCAAACACGAUGAACGGGAGUGUCUGCUAAAUGAUGAAACCUGGUACAUCCUCUCAUCCUGCCUGGUCUCCUUUUUCGCUCCCGGUCUCAUUAUGAUUCUGGUAUAUUGUAAAAUUUAUAAAGUUGCCAAGCAGCGCUCCUCCACCGUGUUCGUGGCGAAGAAUGGCCUGGAGAGGCAGCCCUCUCAGUCAGAGACCUGUUUUGUCAGGAAGGACCGGUUCGAAAUGGAGAGCCCUAGCAGUCAAAGCUCCGGCAGCCAUCCGCAAAAGCAAGGGGAGCUGGACGACAUCGACCUGGAGGAGAGCUGCUGUGCAUCGGAUACGAAACCCCGACACCAUCGCUUCACCAAGCGAAGGAAAGUAGAGGGAUCGGACAGUUGUCCACCCCAGAACUGCCGACUUUCCUGGGCUUCAGCCCGGGCGUUACAACUUUACCCGGAGCAGAAGAACCCAGCUGGGCGACAACAGCUGGCCGCAGCCAACAAGACCAAAGUGGCCCAGAUGCGGGAGAAGCGCUUCACCUUCGUCUUGGCGGUAGUGAUGGGGGUGUUUGUGCUCUGCUGGUUCCCCUUCUUCUUUACUUACAGCCUGCAUGCUAUCUGCAGAGAGAGCUGCUACAUCCCCGCCGCACUUUUCAACCUUUUCUUUUGGAUUGGCUACUGCAACAGUUCUGUGAACCCCAUAAUCUACACCAUUUUCAACAGGGAUUUCAGAAAAGCUUUUAAGAAAAUUAUAUGCAGGACAUCAAAACGCACAUGAAAGGUUGAAAAAUAAUUUUCUGGCUCUCAGAAACAUUUGGAAGAAAUCAUAGUAUUAUAACUUAUUGAUCUUGGCUGACUAUUCUGCUACUCCAUCAUUUAAAUGUAAUGUUUAGCAUAUUAAAAAUAUCCAGUGUUGUGUACACAUUAAAUUGUCUAUAAUUGAAAUAAAUCAUUAUAUAUACUUGACCAUUCCUGCAGCAAGCUCAGAUAUUUCAGGGCAAGGGGAAGUCAUGGUCACGUCUGUUGCUGGACUCUUGAGUGUUGGCAGCUGGUCACUGUGGGUGCCGAGAUAAAUAGAAGAUUAAUCUCCAGCAUGGAGAUUUUGACUUUUUUUGUGAUAUUGAAGAGGAAAAAAAGUGCUGAAUUCUGCAUGGAUGAAAUGUUUGGCAUUAUUUCAGGUAAUUCGUGUAGCUUUCUGUGCUUGCUGCAGUUAAAGGUACAGCAAGGUUAUCAGCUGUUUCUUAUCAGUGAACCCCUAAACUUAUGUAAGAGUGUAAUCUCACACCUCCGCCAUGCUAUCACACCACCUCAGGACCAGAACAAUGGCCGAGCUGAGGCCUGCAUUUGCAGAAUUGAUUGCACACGUCUCUGUAUUUCAUUUCCCUGCAACUGCUUAACAUUUUGUCAUUAAAUAUUUUAAGAUGCUGUUAAACAUGCAGUGCCAACUUACUAUACAUAUCGUUUUUAAGUCUUAGACAAAAGCCUCCUGAUGGAUUUGACAUAUUCUUGAAUAAACAGAAGAAGAACACUCAAAAUAACAAAAGUAAAAACAUUUCUGAUAAGAUCUCAGGACUGGUUUAAUCCACUGUGAGCUCUCUUUGGUUAAAAAAAGAGUUUAAUAUCUAUAAGUCAGGCCUCACACUGUGAUGCUAAGCUUUAUAAAGCUGUUAGAUUACCACUUUCUUAAUAUAGUGAAAAAUCUGCAGAAGAAAUCAUUCAUAAGGGACAGUUCUUCAGUAUCUGAUUAAAAAAUGAUUAAUGCAUUGGUACAACUCGCAUACAUAGGAUGGGAGUGUUAUUAGAAGACUGUAUUUGAACUUCCCAACACUGUUUUCCAUACAACAUCAGACUGUGGUCAGUUGUUGAUGCAUGUGGGAUACAACGUGUAUGUCAUAUGGUGAAUAUAUCAUGAAGGACCGCGCUGAGUAUAAAUAUACUAUUUAUAUCCUCUUAGGAAUGUCUUCAAAGCACUCCUACUGCUCACUGGCCCCUCGCCAAAGAUAAUCACCCUGUCUGAGGGAUGUCAUGCUGAAAAAGAGAAAAAAAAAUGAAAGCAGUUUUUGUGAAGUAUGCUCACAUUCGCAAGGGUAUUGUUAAAAUGCUGUCAGGAGAAAUAAGGGUGAAGAUGGCUGCAUAUUUUCUUUUCUUUUAAUGUGAAAUACCAUUUUAUUUAUGAAGGGAAUCAGAAAGUCCGAGAGGAGUGUUGUUAGCGUGAGGAAACUUUAUCUCAGAGGGAUUCACAAACUCUCGAAAGAAAUUAAACGUCUGGGUCAAGUCGCACUUGUAAGAGUCGGUGUAAUUAGCUUUGUGCCUUCAUCACAUUUAGCAGGAUGGGAUUGAUGCUUAUUUAUCUGUGACUUAAUGGGAUGUUGCUGUACACAUGUUACAUGUAACCUGAUUUCUCCAGAGAACAAAAUUACAAGUGCAUUUUUCAUUACCUCAAAAUGAAACACUCAUAUUUAAAUUAUUUGCUGAUAGUAAACUGAUUCGUGGCUGACAAGACACCCAACUCCCUUGUUAAAUCACACUUCCGAAUUCAAUUGUCUUUUGUAAUCAGCUGCUCAACUGCAGCAGGAUUGGGGCACAAUGCUUUUAAUUAGCUGUAGUGUUUUCUGACGCUUUCAUGUGCACUUCCUCCAGGCAAGUCUCUUCAAACGUCAGCGCAGCUCUGUUAAAUCUUUUGAAAGCGAGCGCUUGCAAUAUUACAUUACAGUGCUGUUAUUUUCCUUUGGUGACCCGGGAGGAAAGUAUGACAAAGCAAAACAUGGAGAAUUUUCACAGUGCUUCACCAGUCGUCGCAUAAACGCUCUGAUAGCUCAACUUUUAUUCAAAACCAAGCCUGUGGUGGCUUUUUGUGUUUUGCAGAUUUGAAGCUCUACAGUCUGCACAACAAUCCACAAACUCUUUUCCUUAUCCCAGAAUGUAAACAAAGUUGGCGACUGGCUCAGGAAGGGAAGCAGAGCUGCAGUGACCCUUGACCUCCUAAACUCUCUUCUAAAGACUUAAUGAGAGCAACAGAACAACUGGACAGAGCCAAAACAUUUCCUGAUGUGGACUGUUGACAAAAAAAGCCCCACUCGAGCCUCUUAAUAGGGGAAGAAGAGUGAAGAUUUGGAGUUAAAAAAACAACAACGUUUUUUUAGAGCCAGAAAAUUUUGCAAGGUUAUUUGCAGUCCUAAUAGUCAGAAAAGAGACAGUAAUGAAUAUUUCAAGAUAGGUGCGCCGCAGAGAAAAGUGAGCGUCUUAGGAAAAGGGAGAGAGUGGAGAAGGGAGCAGUUGCUUCUUGUCGUCUGCUACAUUACCUUGUUUAUCACACAACGGAGCAUCUGCAGGUAAUUGCUUUUUUCAAUUGUCUCUAACAAGAUAAGGAUUGGAGGCAAGUGAGGCCAAAUUUCGACUCAAUCUCAGGAAGCUGUGUAUCCAGAGAAGGAGACCUCAGUAUGUCAUUAGUGUAAAUCAGCUGGUUUCAUGUCUGAGCGAGGGUGGAACUGGGCUCAUGUCUCCAGGGUGUUCUAAUAUAUCGCCCUGCUAAACGCAACCACUAUGUGACUUGAGUCGACAAUAUAAAUCACACCGUACUAAUUUAAAGAUGAUAGUGGUAUUAUCUGUGUUUGAGAGCAGAUUUUACUAACUGAAUCCCAGUGACGUUCAUAUUACAUUUUAAGAUAUUUACUAUGAAAACAAUGUUUUACUAUUUUUUGUAUUUUCCGUAGAGAUUUGGAAAUUAAAAUAUUAUUGUGCAUUUCCCUUCACUGUGGUGAACAUGGGCACUGUUUAGAUAGAGCCAGUCCAGCAAACACUUUCCCUGCUGCUGUGGAAAAUCUGUAGCACGGCGAGUUUGCUGCUAAAUCUGCAUAAAUUAUCCUCAAAUGACACAAUCUACUCCAAUUUGAAUAACAAUACAGCGGCCGGAAGUUUAAGAAAGUGGACUGGAUCACUGGUUUUAAAAUUGUCUUAUGAUUCAUCAUCUGCUUUAUUCCUUUGAUUCUCAACAAAUAAAGAAUGUGUAUAAACAAAGAGAAAUAUGUAAGCCAUGUAAUUAGUCAUAACUGAUACAAUGUCGCUCAUUUGGACUGAACGUUUACAUCAUGCUCGGUGGCUGCAACUCACUCCUUAAAACAAAACUAUUUUUCCCCCUUGUAUGUUCUCAUACAGAAAAAAAAACAUGUCUGAGGGGUGACUAAUGACUUGGACUGUGCUGGAAAUGUUUUAGUCCCCAAAGACUCAACUAGGACACGUAAUCUGAGUUAUCUCUGCUCUGGUACCUGCCUUAUUAUUUGUUAUCCAGGAUUAGGUACAAAGAUAGUUCCAAAAGUAAUGCGUAAUCAUUCUAGGAGACAACUUAAGUUUACCUCUAUUUAACUCCAAACUAUCUCUGAUUUAAAUGUUUGGUAGUGAUGAGGUAAUGAUGUAAUAAUGAUGCAAUAAGGUGGAAAAAAGGUAAUAAUAUUUAUUGCCCAUUUAUAUAAAUUUCAGUGAAAUAUCACUCAGGUAUGAUGAUAGUUGACACAUUACUUGGUUAUUUGAUAUUACUUUUGUAGAGUGGUAAUAACUUGUUAUUACCAUAUUAUUACCCCUACAGAGCUGUAAUAGAAGGUGAUACUUAAGUAACGGACUCUUCAUCACUGCAUCCAGAACAUUCAGGGACAUUUGCACCUCUCUGAGUUUAUAUUCAUGAAUUCCUCCAGAACUACAGGUCUAAAGUAUUGCACCAUCCAGAUAGAAAGUGGACAACAAGGCCUUCUGAAUGCUGUGUUGCUGCUAACUGGCUUUACACAUCAGUGAGUGAGAGACACUGCAUCCAUCCAUGCACAGUGUCUCAUAAAUUGCACACAAUUCAUGAGAGACUAAAUCUUUUUAUCCUCAGACAAUAUUUAAACUCAAACAAAACAUUUGUGCAGCUGCUUCAUUUGGGGAAAUCUCUGCUACAUUUCUCUCACAAUCUGGACUGUUGUUAACACGCUCCAGUGCUUUCCCUCACUCCUGUGAUGAGACAGAUUACUCGGGCUGAUUAUGCAUUCUGCUGGACGAUGGUGCAUCUCUGCCAACUGAUUAUUAUUUAUUUCUAUCAUCACCGGUAAACACACAUAAGACAAACACACUCUCAGCUCUCUGCCAGGCGCUCGUCUGUUUCACACAUACAGGGAGAGUAAGUAAAGCAUUAAGAGGAUGUUUGUGACCUGCGAUAGCCUACAUAGUCUUUAAAGCCUAUGAUAGCCCAGAUAGGAUCUUUCACCUUUAAAACAGGAAAUGAACUGGACCUGCUGUUUAGCAAAGGUAUGUCACUGUCACACAACAGGGGCACUGCACUCUGAAUAUCGUUAGUUCACUUUUAAACAACACAUAACUCACUGCUAAUUAAAAUAACUGUAGUCUGAAACACAGCAACCUCCCUGCCUUUUGACCCUUUUAUAUUUCACCAACCAUCCAGAUUCAUAAAAGCACAUAUGAAACCAUUUUUUCCUUUCAAGGCUUGUUUUAUGAAGCACUAGUAGGGGUCGCUUCCUGCAGUGUUUUUCUAAGUUGAAACAAUUUUUGUGGCGGCACCUGCAGCAAUAACACUCUGCUAACUAAUAUUUGUAUCAAAAGGAGGAUGAAUAUUAGAAAUAAUGAAAAUGGGAGUUACUAUAAAGAGCUUCAUGGGCAUAGAAAUAAAGUCUGUGUUAUUUCCUCAGGCAGGAGGGAUCGGCUCUGUUGUUUUUCACCACCGACAGCAACAACAACACUUCGGCGCAUACUCUCUUCUUCCCCAGUUUAAAUGGAUAUGAAGGAUGGGUGUAAAUGCUGAUGAUUAAGAGUUCACAUGCAUGUUUUUCUUCUUUUUAUUUUACUGAAGAUAUUAAAUAAGUGGCAAAUAAAAGUAAUCUUUAAGAACUUCUUCAACAGUAUUGAUUGCAUUUAGUUCUUGAAUGACUUACAAGUAACUCACCAAGGCUGCUUUUGCUCAGCGUAUAUAUGUGUGCAGUGAUCAUGAAAGAUUUCUUUUGGUGUCGAGCAUAUCAAACAUACCCUUCAAAAACUCACAUGCAUGCGACAAGCUUGUGCUUGCAAUACUCCGGUGCAGGCUUUCAGCUCUCCUAAUCCCAUAAGAGAUAGGAUGUUUUUUUUCACUUUCUUAAGCUACAGUAAGAAGAGGAUAACACGCUUUUACUCCUGUCCCUAAAAGGAUCAAAUUCACAUAGCCUUGUCCAUAAUAUUUGAUAUUUCAGGGGUUUAAAGAGAGAAACUAGAAAAGGAAUUUAGCAAAACUUGUUGUUUUAUCUUCAAGAAAAAAAAUGAAAAUCCAUUAAAGCAUUAAAGCAGAAUUUAUCAGCAUUUUAAUUAUAAUGUAAAAAGAUCUCAAAAAGAAAAUGACUAUCGUGUGACUGUAUAGUUUCCCCAUGCCUGAAGGAGGAUUAUUGUUUUGGUUUUUGAUGAUAUUCUUUCAUCCGCCUUGUAUGGUACAGCUCCAACACCAAACAUCAGAUAAAUUUAAACUACUUGCAGAUUGAUGAAACCAGAUUAGCAUUUAGCAGCUAAAGACACGAAUAUUUCCCCAAAGAAAUGACACCAAAACACAGCUGGGAGCUGGGUAGAAAUUGGACUUUGAUUCAUCAAAUGGUCGGUAGCAACAACUCCAAAUAAUUGAUAAUGUUGCAUCAUGGCUGCUGGGUAGUUUGAGAAGUGUUGCCAGCACAUUUAUCAGAACAGCUUCUUGUAAUAACAACACAUGAGAGCUAUUCUUACAUCACCUUUUUGCUCUGCCCCCAAGAAACCAAAUAAUGAAGGUUUUACUAUUCAGAUUAUUACAACCUCAAUUCUAAACAAAACUGGGAAGUUGUGUAAAACAUAAGUAAAAACUGAAUGUAAUCAUUUGGAAACAUCAUAAACCCGCAUUUUAUUCAUAGCAGAGCAUAGAAAAUAUGUAAAACACUGAAACUGAGAAAAUAUAUAAAUUUAUGAAUAAAAUUCGAUCAUUUUGAAUUUGAAGAGACAUAUCUCAAAAGACGGCAGUGUUUACCACUCAACGUUUCAUUUACCAUGAGUGUGGGAACCAUCUGGGAACUCUGGGAACCAGUUGCUGGAAUGUCCAUUCUUGUCUGAUAUAGGAUUCUAGCUAACAGCUAACAGUCCUGGGUCGCCUUCUUGUAUUUUUCAUUUCACAACGUUUCAGGUGUUUUCAGUUGAAGAAAUGUCUGGAAUGGGGUGAGGCCAGUUCACCAUCCAGACUUUUCUACUCUGCAGCAGUGUUUUAUAUGUGGUUUAGCUUUGCAGUGCUAAAAUAUACAAGGCCUCCUUUAAAAAGAUGACAUCUAGAUAGGAGAAUAUCUUGGAUGUCUUGGUUUAAACGCUGUGUAUAGAAUUCAGCACUCUUGAUACGCUUCCAGAUGUGCGAGCUGCCAAUUUCAGAGGCACUAAUGCACCUCGUACCAUCAGAAAUGCAGACUUUUGAACUCUGUACUAAUAAUAAGCAAAUAAGCUAAAAGGCUCAUUUUGAUUUGUCUGACCGCAUAACAGUUUUCCACUUUCCCCCAGUCGAUUUUAAAUAAGCUUGGGCUUAUAAUUAUGUUAACUAAUUGCGUAUUCUUUGCAUCUUAGAACUUUAACCUGCAUUUGUAGAUUGCACAGCAAAUUGUGCUCACUGAAAAUGAUUUCAAUGAUUUGUUCCUGAGCACAUGCGACGAUUGCUAUGAACGAAUCAUGCAGUGCUGCCUGAGUGCCAGAAGUUCACAGGCAUCUGAUACUUGUUUUCAGCCUUGUCAUUUGCAAAUUUUGAGAGAAUUGGAGUUAUAUUUUAGGUCCAGGUUUAUUCCUGGUAAAAUAAUAAUUUUAUGGCAAAGUGAAUUACCCUUUUAUUUAGAAAAGUACUUUUGAUGUCUGAGGCAAACACAUUUUUGUCAGAUAUUCCCCACAUAAUUUUCUCCAUACAAAUAUUCCCCUGACUGAGAGAUUGUGGAUUAUGAAUAAUAUGAUGAAAAUCCUGCUGUUCAGAGAGGAAGUGAAGGAAGUUGUGGGAAGGGUGGAAGAGGGGUGUUUUACCCUUGACCUCAGUCCCUGUGGCCAAGAACUGAACGCAGUACUGAAGAGGCCACACGCUCAUUCCACAAGACAAUCACCCAUAAAAAUUUGGAUGUUAUGCAUCUGUUUCAUAAACUUAUUUAUCAUGCUGUGCAUUGAGAGUCAAGUCCACUGUUAAGGUUGUGUGUUAUUUUAACAGUUCUAAUCCAAGAUUGUGGAAUAGUUACUCAAGCAUUCACCCGUCGCUCCCCGAGGGGUAAGAAGUCACUUGGGUCAUUUAAAUACAACCUGCAACCUCUCCAACACCAACCAAGCAUAGGAUUUACAGUCAUUUUCUUUUCCAUUCUUUUAUCUCAUUCCCUGACAACGUUGGUCAGCGUUCCCAAGCUGGAGCUAGAGUGUAAAAACUGAAAAUAUAUAGACAAUUUAGUAAAAUUCAGAAAUUCUAAGAAAAGCAGGAAGUAAUAACUCAAAGCAAGAAGCUGAUUGAAGACGAUGGCUGAAGAGAGCACAGCUGCAAAACAUAGCAGCCGUUCAUACGUAAUGGAGAUUGUCACAAUUCCACUGUGGCAUCAAAAUAAGGGCAGGGGAAAAAUGCAGGAGUAAUGAAACGUUACUCUGAGGAAAUAGACCAAUGUCCUGCUGUGAAAACAAGGCAAAACAGUCCAAACAAGGGGACUGUUUAUUUCCAUGACAUUGACUCUUCUCCACCACAUCGAUUCGCCUCCAUCUCCCUUUGCUUAUUAUAAUGGAUUGGAUUUAUAUAG